AUGAAUGAAGGGGAAAUCGCAGAACAUAAAGCGAACUUGGAGAAACUACUCGCGGAGAUCGAUGCACUUCAGGCCACGUCGGACAGAUUAACCAAGGAAUUGUCCGACUUGAGUGUCAGCUUUGUGGACUCUUCCGCCGCUCCGCUACCAAAGUCAACGAAGUGCGAUGAAGUGUCAGCCAACGUGAACAAAAUCAAUGAUGCAUUGAACAAGGAGCGGAUCGAAAAGCGUCGCCGUAUUGUUAAAAUAGAAUCAGAUCUGAGUGGAUGUAUACCUAGCAGUGAGAUGCAGUUCUCAAGGCCCAGUAACCCUAGGCUUUACAAAGAAACGUUGACUGCGUGGGAUGACGCGAAUGCCCAACUACAAUUUACCUCAUCCAAAUUGGCUAAACAGCGAGCAAUGCUGCGGGAUUUGCACAGUCAACAGGAACAGCUGACUCAGGACGUGAAAAAAACGAACGCGGAGUUGGACAUUGCAAACGCACAGAAAACUUUACUUGAGUCACAACUGGAGGAGAUGGAAAAGUUUCACAGCGCUCGAAUGGCCGGUUUACAUGAGGCCAUAAAACAGAUUAAACAGCUGAACGAUGAGAUCGAAACAAGUCACGAGUACACGGUGGCGACAACCGCACAAGUCGAAUCUCUCAGAUUGGAGCGCGAGGAUAAGCGCGUAACACUACGUGAUCAGAUCAAUGUUUCUCAACAGCAACUGAACAACACAGAAGACCGCGUGAUUCAGGCGGAAGCUGAAAUUGAGCAAGAAACACCAGGAUGCGAAGCCCUAAAACAGUUGAUGGUAAAACGUACCACAUUCUAUGAAAAACUACGGCAACAACAAGCUCGUACGUUCAUUGAAGUUGAGGAGAUUUUGCAUGAGUUGAGUUUGGAUGUGAAAUCCUUGACACAGCAAAUAAACCGCAAAUCUGUGGAUAUUCGAAGUCUUUCCCAAACCUUGUCGGAAGCAGAGAACAAACUCGCGGCUAAAGUGUCCAAGAAUACAUCCGUGCUCAGCGCGGACGCAAAUGAAUUGCACGAGCGGGAAAAACACAUCUACAUUACCGGAUGCCGACUGAAAACCGUCCGCAUUGAAAAUGCUCGUUUGAUGUGGGGCAUUAGAAACCAGGAGGAAAUAAUGCGCUCGGUCUGCAGCGACUGGGAAAGAAUUUUACGGAAAAAAUCGAAAGUUCGUCGUGUCGUGGGAGAAUUGCACAGUAAGGGAGGAGUAUUUGAUGCCAAAAAAUUGACUUGCCCUGCGGUCUGUGAGUAG